AUGUUUCAGUUUCAUCAGAUUGACUUUACCUCUAGUAAAGAGGCAAGCAGCAUCUCCACGGACCGGAGACAACAGGCGGUGUCAAAGACAGAUGCGCCAAUCAAGAGGUCGGAACUCCCUACUGAGAAGGAACCAGACAAGCAGAGAAAAUCACAUCUUCCUGGACCAGAACAUCAGGAGAAACGCUCCCCGAAACCCUCGGAAAACAAACAUGGCGACCUCGAAGGCACUGCCACCGCAGCUGAGCACGCCGAAAAUGUUGGGUCACAAAUGUCUCGUGCCAACGCCACCCCCUCUAACGCCAUCGAACCAAGGGCCAGGGUAGGUGGAACGGGUAAUGGUGAAGUGCCUAGCGCAUCGAACGAACCGGGCAAAGGCGAGACCAACCCUGAGCAGAAGAAGCCCCCCACGGCCGCGAAAGCAGGGCAAAGCAUUGAGACGACCAAAAAAAGGGACAAAGAUAGAGUGUAUGACACUAGAGGAAUGACUGGCCUGAAGGGAUCCAAAAUGGCAAUCUGGGUACCAUUCGUGACUUGGGAAACUGUUCACGGCCAGAGGCAAUGGCGAAAGGCUAUUAGAAUGGCCAAGCAUGUGCAACAAGAUUCGGACGGCUUCAAUGUUAUCAAAAAGAACGUAUUGGGCUCAAGCAUCAAUGAAGCCUUGGCACAGGUCGAUGAGGAAAAAGUCAGCCUUGGGAGGGUUAACUUCCUUUUGGACAGCUCCAUCAAAGAAGUUAUUAAAAACAUCAGCGAAAAGACUGACAACGAUAGCCGCGCCAACCUCGACGAUGAAUUGAAAACCCUUGAAAGAGCCAUCGAACAACUGCGAGAGUCUACCCCAUCUCCUUCUCUGUCGGUCUUCAAAUGUCUUGAGGAUCUACGAGAGGCCGUGGAAAUCUACUCUGGAAAGCUCGAGACCAGCAAGGAGACUCAACUGCUACGCUAUUAUCUGGGUUUGUCACCGAGGGACGAUGUCACAACUCAUCAUCUCCACGUGUCUCGUACCUUGGAUCAAUAUCACUACUCUUCAUUGCCGGACACAAGAAGACGCGACGCGGAUCAAGUGAAUGAACACAACCAGAAUGAACACAACAAGGUUGUCAACUUUUUCCGGCGCAUUCUUGACUUAGUGCGCUUAAAAUCUUCAGCCUCUGAUGGAAAAAAUACUGGAUCGGAUAUCGCCCCGUCUCCUUCGACUGGCAAAGCAGAUAUGGACAGUCGAGAUUUUCGAAUGUGCAUGGUAGACCAACUAUGGCUUUGGAUCAUUGACGACAAAACUAUUAUCACCUGCUUUCCAGACCGAUGGGGCCAAAAUCCAGAGGUAGGCGAAAGGGUAGAAUCUGCGACAGGAAAUGGUGAGGACCGCUUGAUUCACAGAAUAAGCAAGCACGUCAGCGAAGACAUAAGACCGCAAACUCGAACCGUAUAUGAAAUGGCAGCUUUGAUAACGUCGUUUUGUACGGAUUUCGUGGAUCAAUGCAAGGUCAAGGCUGAUGGUGGAACGGCUUCGAGCCCAUCUGAGUCCUUCCUCCAUGUAUUUGCAGACUCGAUUGGUGUUGUGAUGGACAAAGAGGUUCAAUUUUUUGAAGAUUUCAAGAGGGGCAUUGCCGCUCGGCACAAGAAUACGCAAACAAACCACGACAGUCAUUCCUCCAAUCUGGAACUUCGGCUGGAGAAAGAAAUUGCGCUUCUCGAAGAGAUCAAAGAUAUACGUGACGAGCUAAACAUUCUUCGGAGCAUUUGUACUGAUCAAGAUGUUGUGCUGAAGACACUCUCCAAAUUAGCCACUAGGAGAAAAUAUUCUAAGGCAAAGGGGGUUGUCGCGAAUGACCAUAUACUCGACUAUUACCGACAACGGAGCAACAUCGAGACGCGAAUUGCGCGGAUCGAAAAGAUGCAACGAGAUAUUCGGACGGCAUACGACGCUAUGAAUCAUCUACUGGAUCUCAAGCAGAAGGAUGCAAACAUCCUCGAAGCUGUCGAAGCACGCAAGCAAGCAGAGGCGACGACCAAACAGGGUAGAACAAUCAUGGUUUUCACCAUCGUCACCAUUAUAUUCCUCCCCAUGUCAUUUUUGGCGUCUAUAUACGCAUUGAAUGUUCAAUCAUUCCCGCAUGACCAAAGUGACAAUGUCAGCUAUCCAUCGGAAUGGAUAUUUUCGAGGAUAUUUGGGACAACCGCUGCUCUCGCUGUUCCAUUGAUUAUCAUGGCAUUUAAAAUCAAUGAAGUCCUGGAUUAUUUUGAGAAGCAAAGUCGAAAGAGAGCGGCCAACAACCACAACAACCACAACAACCACAAGAACAGCCAGGGCAACAGCAAGGAAGUCAAGCAACAGGUCCAGGCCGCAGAGAAACAAACCAAUUCACACGGCCGAUAUUUUCCUGUCGACAAAGUUUUUGGACGCAGGCUGGUGGCUCGUGAACCGGACACGGAACAAGGGUUGGGGAACGGCGGCGAGGGAGUUUCCACGGAAGGGGGCAAGAAGUCUGGUUGA